GCUCCACUGUGGAGCGACAGUAGCGACUAUGGCGCUGGUGCCUGCGAUGGAGCAGGGCCAGGGUGGCCAAAUCCGAGAGAUUCGGUGCGACGACCGACGGGAUUGCUUCCGUCACAUCAAGGAUAGGCUCGGGGCAAACUGGAGCGACGUGGAGAUGCUUAAGUGGGUCAACGACAACUUUCGUGUGAGCGCGAACCACACCAUCAAGCCGACUACCAAGGCCGGCAUGUUCGCGCUCGCGAGGCACGCCGAGAAUUGCCUCAGGGGCGACAAGGGCUCAGUCGAGAGGAAGCGAACGUCGGUCGAAACCUUUGGACUUCGGCUCGAUUGGCGAUCGGCACCUGUGCUGGUUCAGCAUGCCGACGGGGCCAAAGACGAUGAGUUCCAGACGUUGUCGUGGGGCGCCCUCUUCGAGGGGCUCAACGAGGCUAUGAAAGCUGAUGCGGGCAAACAGAACCGACUAGUGCAAGCCUCGCUUUUGAUGGAUAUCCCUGGCUGCACACUGUACCUUCGGAGUCUCCCGAGGGACUGUGCCAAGUUCCUAGUGCAUUGGUACAACAAGGGCAACGACGAUAUCACAUCGACCACCCCCUUGCAGAUCUUGGACGGCUGCGCGGUGUACGAGGCAGCUUGGGUCCGCCACAGAGACGGCAAGCAUAUCACGAAGGAUUCCCACACCCAGAAGCAGAUCGACGAGGAGAAGCUGCAGCUGGUCAACAACAUGUCCGAGAACUACGAGUGGGCCAGGUACCCUGAGUACGAGCGUUGCAGCACCUUCUACAAGGAUGCGAACACUAUUAAGAUCGAGUCUGGGCGGCAUGCAGGGUCCACCAUCUGGGAGGCCAUCUCACAGCGAUACAAAGAUGAGGUUGAUGGUGCAGCCCUGGUCCCAGCGAACUACAAGUUCUGGUUCAAGCUGGUCGCAGACGCCAUGAGGAUUCUCAAGCGUGAUGCCCCCGAGGCUAUCGUCGAGAUAGCCAUGUUGGGAUUCCCUCGUGAUGGCAAGUUCAAGUUCGUGAGCACCUUCAUCCCCGAUGGCAUCCCAGUUUUGCGAAGCGACGAGGUGCAGGAAAACAACAUCAAGGAGCUUAUCAGGGACAUGUCGGGGACGAAGACAAUGGACAGCAUCGAGAAGGGCAACUGUGGCACGGCCGCGGCCAAGACUCCGAAGACGAAACUCGUCCCGAUGAAGAAGGCGAAGGCGGCGAGAGGCAAGUCGGCCCUCGGACGCGACCCGAACAACAGCGAGCAUAAUGCGAUCACGUUCAGCGACAGCGACAAGAAGAUGUUCUGGAAGGUGCUGGAGAAGCAGAAGCUCGGCUUCAACGCUUUGGAAAGGUCGGCACCUGAGCCUGGGGACAUGGCAGAUUGCUUCUUUCGCGCAGUAAUCUAUUCCACUCUCGCCUACAAGAAGAAGGAACUGGUCUACUGCGUUGCUGGCAGGCGCAAGAAGAGCAACAGCAUCGUGGUCACUCGCCAGCUCUUCACCCUGUAUAUCUGCAAGAAGAGGAGGCUCCAGCCCAGGAUCUCGGACGAGGACUUCCCAAUGGGCGACCUCGAUGCAGUGGAGAACGAGUUGUUCAAGCAGGGCGAUGGCAAGAUCGAGCCCAAGUCCAUCACCGACUCCUAUGUUCGCGAUUUGGAGGAUACGAAUUGCACCAGCUGCAAGGAGCUCCUGAAGUACAUCGACGGCAACAAGGUGUUCGAGCGGCCUCCGAAUGCGAAUCGAGCCAUAGUGGAGGCCAGCUUGACUUUGACAAACAAGCUCUUCACCGCGUGCGAGGCGAAGGCGAGUCCCUGGACGAGCCAGAAGGAGUGCUUCGAGGCGCUGGUUCGAUUCACUUGCGAUGUCCACCAGGACAUAUUCAGCGAUUCGUUCGGCUCGGCCAUGGAUUUCAUCGACGUGGUUCGCAAGCACUCGAAGCAGGGUGUGCUGACGACUACUGAUGCGAAGAAGUUGACAGAAGAAGUUACGAGGGACACCUUCAACGCCAUGAGGCUCCAAGCUUUCCUGCACCUGAUCAGUAUCUACAGUGUUCAAAUGACUGCUGUGAGCCAGGGGCCGACUGUGGAACACAUGCCGUACAUCCCGCCCUUGGUCGCCACGUUCAUCCAGUCGCUGCUGGUUCUCAUCAACAAGAGCAUCGUCGACAAAACAUGCCACGCCGAGGGUGGCAUGCCUCGCGAGAUUCGCCAGCUCACCAAUGCCAUGGCGAGCAAGGAGAGCUUCAAGGGCGCCAUGGCCGACUUCAUGGGCGAGGCUUUCAGUCAGCACGACUACUGCCUGAAGCACGAUGGCCAGCGCUACCAGUCCAUGUCGGAGCAGUUCAAGGCGAGCCUCGUGACAGGGGGGCCUGCCAGCAUCAAUUGGAAGACGGCCUUGCAGAAAGUUGGCAUGUCCACCGCUGUCUUGCCUAAAGACACCGAGCUGCAGAAGGCCGACGUGUUCCCCGCCGUGAAGAACGCCACGAUCGACAUGCUGAUGACCGAGUUUGGUAAAACGUACUCCUCCCAGAAGAGUGCCUGGCAGAUCCUGCAGCAGCCGAUGGAGAGCGUGGUCGCAGCAUGGAGCUCCAAGCACGUGGACAUGGGGACUGCGAUCGAGACUGUCCAGCUCCACGAGUGGUGGGCCACCCACGCGAGGCUCGAGAGAGAGGAUAAUGGCUUCAGCGAGGCAGAGAUCAAGGAGGUCAUCUCCAAGCUGAAUAUCCACUUCUCGGGGCUAGUGUUCGAUGCCUAUGGCGGUGCAGUGGCUUGCAACAUCGUCGCGAAGAAGGCCGACGCAUCUUCGACAGUUGUGCAGAGGCCGAGUUUCAUCAGGGAGGGGUCUGGUGGCUGCUCCCUGCCUUUCUGGGGCAAAGUUGUCACAGAGACAACAGCCAGGAGGCUGACGCGAUCUACGACAUUCUCAUUGGGCGAUGGCGAGAGGGGCUUGAGGUUGUACCUGGACGGCUCGGGCGAGACUGGAUUGAACUCGAAGUGUUGCGUGCCCUACCUCGUCGCCAUCAUGGCCAAGGAGAAGGACGUGACCGAGGCGGAUGAGCAGCAGCAGCAGGCCAAGAAGAAGGCCAAGACCGCCAGGGUCGUGGCAACGCACGAGGUGGUCCACAAGACGGUGGUCAUCACUACGAGGAGUGCGGGCGAGUUCAAGUACCAGGUGCCGAUCCUGGUCGACGCCACCGACUUCGACGAGCAGGCCUUCCACGCGGCGAACAAGGGCGCCUGCUACAGGAAGCGCACCUCCUUCGACGACUUCCAGUUCGCUGCGGAGUCGAAGCAGGCCUCCAGGGCCACGCAUUCGUUCCUCGGCUGA